UUGUGAAUUAUGUUUUAAUAUAUAAGAGCAUGUCCAAUGGGGAUCCUUAGCAAAAAAUCCUUAGCAAAAAAGUAUUAUAAUAAUGUGUGGGGUCUACUAAAUUUAAGAAUUUGUGCUAAAUUAAUCCUUAGCUAAGGAUCAGAUUUGUUACUGUACGCGGGUCCCACCGCCACGUGGGAUCUCGCAAUUGGCUCCUUCCUUCCUUUUUUUUUUCUUUAACUAAAAAAUAAAAUAAAAAUAAUAAAAUAAUUUAAAAAAACUUACCUUGGUUAUAGAGCCAAGAGUAUCAGCAUUGUGGAUGGUCUAAGAUACAAUUGGAUUUUCCUUAGAUAUGAUUUCUAUGCAACAAGAGUUGUGGAGCCUCCAUGGAUGUAGUCAUGUAGACCCGGCUAGUUAUAUAUAUAUAUAUUAUCGACUUGAACUCAUUUUCCUCAUCUCUCAUCUUUCAUAUUUAUCUCUCCGCACACACACAAUAUAUAUACAUUGACACUUUCAGAUAAAAAAAAAGGAAGCAGAUAGUUAAUUCAUGGAUGUGAAAAAGCUAAGGAACUUCACGGAGGAAGAUUCCAUCUUGCAAACCAUGUAUUUCUCUUGCUCUUCGUCUUCUUCAAAACACGUUUUCCCAAGAAGCUUCUCAACUAAAACUUCUCCUUCUACAUCUCCGAAAUCCCUUUUCAAGAGAAGCUUCUCAACUAAAACAUUAUCUUCUCCAUCUCCGGAGUCCCAAUUCACGAGAAGCUUCUCAACGAAAGCUUUGUCUUCUUCUAGUUCUUCGGAUCCCACUUUCAGACGGAGUUUCUCCACCAAACCUAAAACUUCGAAGUCUCUAUUUGAUCUUUCUAGAAACAGUUCUACCAAAUGUUCAUCUGAUUUAUCUUCCAAGUCAUCACUCUCUAGGUGCCUGUCUCAGAAAGGAGCUUCGGUGACCCAAAAAUGGUGUAGAGUAGCAAAGGAGCACAAGUCCCGAUUGUACAUCAUCAAACGCUGUGUUUUGAUGCUCGUUUGCUGGCACAAACAUUCCUGAGAUUCAUUGCAUUGGACCGGAAUAAGAAGGCAAAAGUAGUUACUACAUUCAAGUAAAGGUUAUUCCAUUUGGUUCUGAAUCUUCAUUAGUCUUAUUUUUAUGUAUUAAUGACACUGUUUUAUAGAACCAUUAUCUGAAUCUAAGUUUAAAGUUCCAUUUUC